CAGCCUGAUUCAGCGUGUUCUGUGGGACAACCCUGCUGAGUGUCUUUAUUUCUUCUUUUCAUCUGUGGGAUACUUUUGCUGGAUAUAGAACUCUAGGUUGGAAGGACUUUUCUUUCAGUAUUUGAGGACUGUCAUGCCAUUUCUUUCUGCUCUCCAUAGUUGCUGAUGAGAAAUCUGCUGCACAGUAGAUUCAGGCUGUAGCUCUAACAGAAGGCACUCAUGUGAACAUGUCCACAAGGCCAAAUGUUUCUCAAGUUUCGGACUCCAGCUUUAGGCAAAUAAAUUAUUGGUUAUUCUACAUUUUAUAAAUUAGGAAAUAUAAUGCAAUAUGAACUCUUAAACAACAUUUUUCAACUAAAGUUUCAAAGUUUGAAAAUUUUUCCCUGGUUCAUUAAAACCCAGAAAGAUAGAUAAUCUAUGCACAGGAAGGAAAAAGGAAAUGUGCAAAAUAACUUUUUGUGUCUGUUUCUUUUUAACCCUUCUCUAGCCAACUCCAUAUCAGAAAUGGAACCAAACAACAGCAGCAAGAACUGCAUGAUUGAAAGCUUCAAGAAAGAAUUUUACCCAAUUGUAUACCUGACAAUAUUUGUCUGGGGAGCCUUGAGAAAUGGCUUGUCAUUUUAUGUUUUCCUGCAGACUUAUGAGAAAUCCACAUCUGCGAAUGUUUUCAUGCUCAACCUGGCCAUCUCAGAUCUCCUAUUCACAAGCACUCUGCCCUUCAGGGCUCACUACUACUUGAACAGCUCCAACUGGAUAUUUGGAGACCUAGCAUGCAGAAUUAUGUCUUAUUCCUUAUAUGUCAACAUGUGCACCAGCAUUUAUUUCCUAACUGUGCUGAGUGUUGUGCAUUUCCUGGCCACUAUUCACCACCUCCAGCUUCUCCAUGACACCAGCUUUAGAAGUGCUUGGACCCUAUAUGGGAUCAUAUGGAUCUUUAUCAUGGCUUCUGCAGCAAUGCUUCUGAAGAGUGGUUCUGAGCUGAAGAACAAUAUCACAACAUGCUUGGAGUUGGAUUCUCAGAAGCUUGGUAAGCUGUUGAUCAUGAACCACAUUGCCUUGGUGGUAGGCUUCCUGCUGCCAUUCUUCACUCUCAGCAUUUGUUACCUGCUGGUCAUUCGGGUCCUGUUAAAGGUGGAGAUCCCAGAGUCAAAUUUGCGAGCUUCUCAUAGGAAAGCACUGACCACCAUCAUCAUUGCCUUGAUCAUCUUCCUCCUGUGUUUCCUGCCUUAUCAUACACUGAGGACCCUCCACCUGAUCACAUGGAACAAGGAUUCAUGUGGAGAUGGACUGCAUAAAGCUGUGGUUAUCACAUUGGCCAUGGCAGCAGCCAAUAGUUGCUUCAAUCCUUUUCUCUAUUACUUUGCUGGGGAGAAUUUCAAGGAUAAGUUGAGGGCUGUAUUCACAAAAGAUCAUCUGCAGAAGGCAAAGACAAAGUGUAGCUUUCCUAUUUGUGUGUGGCUGAAAACAGAAACAAGACAGUAAGGAGUUAAUAGGUAAAACUUGUUUAUAUAGCUUAUGUCCUUCAUUCACUCAUAUCUCCAAAUUACUUUGUAUUUGCAUCAUUCCCAACAGAAGUCGAUCCCCAAAAUUCAACUGACCAUGACUUCCAUUAAUAAGGCCCACUUUAGAAAUUUCACUGGGUAUAUUUUCAGUAAUAGAGACUCAACGAGGGAUGUAGUAGGAAAAAAAUCCCUACUAGAGUCCUGCAUGCUAAAUGUCAGAUUGGGGGCAAAUGUCAAGCACAGUGGAUCCUGCUUUUCACCAGAUUCUGUACCAGAUCUCUAACCUAUUGAACAUUUUAAAUUCUUAACUUUAAGACAUUCCCAACUUCCCUAGUUCCUCUUUCCUACUAAAUACCUCGAGAUACAGAUAAUUAAUAUACCUACUAGAGGCCCAAGUGGAGAUAAAAAGCACAUACUAAGAAUUCAGGAGAAGAACUUAACUGUGGAGAGGGAAGGCUGCCCUGUAACAAAGUAGGUCAAGACCCAAACAGGAACAGUGAGAGAGAAGGGGAAGAAAGAUUAAGGCAAGAGAGGACUAAUGGUAAAUGGCUGAAAAGAGAAACUUCAUUUUGCCUUAGGAGUUUUCUCUAACACAUUGAAAUCAAGAAUGUUCCCUUUGGCUCUUUUUUUGCCAGGGGUUGGAAAGGACAGGAAGAAGGGCCAGGCUAUGUGUGUGUAUGUGUAAGUAGAGGGGCUAGGGCACUGACCUAGGGAAUGAAGGAAUUGUGUAUGGAAUAGGGAGAAAAGAUAGUCAUGUAUCUCGAUUUUACCUUGAGCCUUGAGUUUGGAGUGACAUCACUGAAGUCUUCACUUUUGCCCAUUAAUCCAUCAGGAUGGAGACCAGAAUAAAGGAGGAGGCUCUGUUGAUUUGGUUGGGAACUCAGGGGAAAUGUAGGGUGAAGAGCAAUUUGCAGAGAUUGUAGAACCCCUGAAAUUCUAUUAGGAUUCAGCAGAACAUGAAUAAAGGAUGCAAGAAAAGCACCUGAUAAUGGGAGUUGUUCUUGUCUGUCCACUGAAAGAAGGCUAAGGAUAUUACCAUUGACUACCACCGUGAUUACUGUACUGCCUACAAUUGAGUGAUCUCCUUGGUCUAGGGAGACUGUGCCAGACUCUUUACGUCCAUUAAUCCCACCAUACCCUCACACUUAAGCUCUAGGGGAGUUUUCAUUUCACAGAUGAAGAAAAGGAAGCUCAGAGAAAUUAAGAAAUGUGUUUGAGUUCACACUUUCAGUAAGAGCUUUAAAAACUUCCAUGUAGAAAUAUUGACUGGGUGUUCUCCUCGUUGAUUAGUUGAUUUAUUGAUUAAUAUUUCUUGAGAAACUUCAGGAGCAGUGGUUGAAAGCAUGAGUAAGAGCUUCCCUCUCCCACUAGGGAUAGUUUCCUCCUCAU